AUGGUUGUGGUGCAAGUCUCAGGAUACCCUUCACUGUCCGAAGCUUGUACUGGGCUCUUAGUGCUGGUUUCUGCAUGCCUGCAGCUCUUGGUACAAAUCUUCCUCUUUACGCUGCAGAUGAGACAGAGGGUAAUAAAUGCAGGGAAGAGCACGCACAAUGAAGAUCAAGCCAGCUGUGAAGUCCUCUUUGUCAAGAAGAAAGCUGGAGGCGCUAAUUCUACACCAAACAAGAACUCUUCAACAAAACGGAGGUCGUCGCUGCCCAAUGGAGAAGGUCUCCAGCUGAAAGACAAUUCGGACACAGAUGGGAUUAACCUGUACUACUGGUCCCUCUUUGAUGGACACGCUGGGUCGGGGGCAGCUGUGGUUGCUUCCAAACUGCUGCAGCACCAUAUCCUGGAGCAGCUGCAGGAGAUUGUAGACAUCCUGAGGAACACGGCUGUCCUCCCGCCCACCUGCCUGGGAGAGGAGCCCGACAACCCAGCCACCAACAGCAGGAUGCUGACGCGGGCGGCCUCCCUGCGCGGUGGUGUGGGGGCCCCCGGCUCACCCAGCACCCCUCCAACACGCUUCUUCACUGAGAAGAAGAUCCCACAUGAGUGCCUGGUUAUUGGGGCCAUAGAAAGUGCAUUCAAGGAAAUGGAUUUGCAAAUAGAACGAGAGAGGACCGUGUACAAUAUUUCUGGUGGCUGCACAGCACUUGUGGUGGUGUAUUUAUUGGGGAAGCUUUACGUGGCAAAUGCUGGUGAUAGCAGGGCUAUAAUAAUCCGAAAUGGCGAAGUCAUUCCAAUGUCUUCAGAAUUCACUCCAGAGACUGAACGCCAGCGACUUCAGUAUCUGGCUUACAUGCAGCCCCACUUGCUGGGAAAUGAGUUCACACAUUUAGAGUUUCCACGGAGGGUGCAGCGCAAGGAAGUUGGAAAGAGGAUGCUCUACCGUGACUUCAACAUGACUGGCUGGGCAUACAAAACCAUUGAGGAAGAUGACUUGAAGUUUCCCCUUAUAUACGGAGAAGGCAAGAAGGCUCGGGUUAUGGCAACAAUUGGAGUGACCCGAGGACUGGGAGACCAUGACCUGAAAGUGCACGACUCCAAUAUAUACAUAAAACCUUUCCUGUCCUCAUCUCCUGAGGUGAGAGUUUAUGACCUCCUGCAGUACGAGCAUGGGCCAGAUGAUGUUCUCAUCCUAGCUACCGAUGGACUCUGGGAUGUACUGUUAAAUGAAGAAGUGGCAGAAGCUGUCACUAACUUUCUACCAAACUGUGACCCUGAUGAUCCCCACAGGUACACGCUGGCGGCGCAGGACCUGGUGAUGCGAGCCAGGGGAGUGCUGAAGGACCGGGGCUGGCGAAUAUCCAACGACAGGCUGGGCUCUGGAGACGACAUCUCUGUCUACGUCAUCCCUUUAAUACACGGGAACAAACAGUCGUGA